UAUAAACACGCUAGGGUUUUGGGGAAGAGCAGAUCGAAAUCUCUGAAGAAGAGACCAUGAAGAGGCUAUAUCAUUUCUCCUUCUUCUGCAAAACCGUGUCUUCCACUCGUUCUCCUCACCCCAACGAUGCUGCCCUCCUCUUCGCCAUCUUACCUUACUCGCCCUCCGCCGCCGCCUCCGCCACUGGGAAGUACAUGUUCAGGGCCCAAUACCUCAUCCACUCAUGUGGUUUCGACCAGGAGAAGACCACCGAGGCCUUGAAGCUUCUCAAGGGCAUCCAAUCCCUGCAGCAGCCCGACUCCGUUCUUGCUUUCCUCAAAAGUUACGGCUUCGAUGACGCAUCGGUAAAAAGGCUCCUACUUUACUUCCCCAAAUAUCAUCUUUGGGACGUAGAGAAGACACUUGCCCCAAAGUUCCGAGCUUACGAAGAUCUGGGUCUCUCCCCAUCCGACAUCGUCCACCUCUUCCGGAAGAAUCCCUCCUCCAUCAGAAUGAAACACGAACGCAUUGUAUCUAAGAUUGAAUUUUGGCAAGGCCUUCUCAGCUCCAAGGAUGCACUGGUGAAGUCGAUCAAGAGAAACCGAGGGAUUCUUAUGUGGAGCAUUGAGAAGAGGAUCCAGCCCAACCUUGAGUUGCUUCGGGAAUGUGGCCUGGACGACCAAAAGCUCGCCUAUAUCUUGCGGAAUCGCCCAAUGAUCCUGUCACUUAAUGCUGAUUUCUUGAAGUCCUUGGUUAGUCGUGUGGAGGACUUGGGAGUGCCACAGAUAUCGGGGAUGUUCCAUUGCACUCUUUGUGCACUCGUCACGGUCAGUCCAGAGAAGUUUAAUACGCAAAUGGAAUUGUUCCGGAGCUUUGGGUGGUCAGAGACCGAUUUUGUUGCGGCAUUCCAGAAAUGUCCUACCUUUCCCCUAAAGUCUUCGAUGGCUUUGCAGAGAAGAAUGGAAUUCUUGAUAAACGAGGCUGGAUAUGCCUCUUCUUACAUAGCUAUACGUCCAAUACUAUUGGUAAUGAGCUUGGAGAGAAGGCUGAUUCCGAGACAUGGGAUCUUGGCAACCUUGAGGUCUAGGGGGCACUGUGAAAAUGAUUACAAAUUAACAGCAUACAUGAUGCUUACCGAGGCCAAAUUUGUAGAGAAAUACAUUAUCCUCUACAAGGACAGGUAUCCAGAUCUGAGUGAACUCUAUGCAAGCUUAAACCACUCUAAUGCUUCUGAUUCUGGACAUCAAUGAGUCAGACCAUGCUAUGCAGAUUGGAUUAUACCACCUUAAUUAGCCUUGGCAGUAGAUUCCUCCAAGUAAAAAAAACAUUUUGGUACAAAGCAAGUUAAGAAAUUUGGAUUAACAUAAGUUUGAAGGGCGUGGAAGGCAAUUGGAACAUAUUGGAAGUGUGUAGCUCGGAAAAAAUCAAAAAGAGCGUAUGUGUAACAGAGCAACUACAGAGUACUUGUUACAAUACUAUAAUUAUUUUUUUACUUUCGGCUUUAUUGUAGCAAUUAUUUUCUAACUAUUAUGAUGUUGUAACAAGUAAUAUAGCAGAGCAACUACAAUAAUAAUUUUCACG